AUGACGAGGAAUGACUACAAAUUCCCCACCCUCGUCACUAAGGAUACGGUUCGGAAAUCCAAGCGAAUCUCGAGAUCUCUUGACCUACUGAGGCGGAAGUUUAACGAAGAGAUAUACCAAAAACCAAGCGUAUGCCGUCGUCCUUUCUACGUCGGCAUCCCAUCACCAAGUUUAGACGAUCCGCAAGAGGCUGAGUACGAUCCCCCUACUCCAUCUAACGAACAAGAAUCUUUCUUGUCUCAGUGCCAUCUGGCGGGAAUAGAUGGAAGACGGCUAGAUUUUCCGGAGGUGUACUGUGGUAAAACGGGACUCGACAUACCAUGUAUACAGCUGGAAUGCCUUGACAUUGAAGUUUUCGCCAGUUACACUGGUCCGGACGGUGGAUUGACGCAGGUCGGAGAAAUGAAACGACAACCACUUGUUCGGAUGGCGAACCUAGACGACGAAAUGAGUUUAUCCAUGGACGGAACAAGUGCAUCGGACGGUUCAGAUGAAGAAGAAGAAGAAGAUGUAGAUCAACCGCUUUCAGCUCCAUUGAAAAGGGAUAAAGAUAAGAACAGAAGUGAAGUGCUGUUAGGUUCGUGUUCGUCGCUGAUUGGACCGAAUGCUCAUGAAAGUACACCAAGCAGUAGAGGAGCAGAUCGCUUUGAUUGGAAUCAGUUUGAUGAAAAGCGAGCAUUCGGGGCAUCGGUAUCGCUUUACGAGAAGAACCCUAUCACUGGUGUGAAUGCCGGUGAACCAGUUGCAGAUGUCUGGGGCAUUGUUGGCAGAAAUAACAACGGAGUGCUAGCUUUGGCCGAUGGUGUAAACUGGGGCGAAGGAGCUCGCCUGGCUGCUCGCUGUGCAGUUCGUGGAGCAAUUGACCACAUGAAUGAGCACAUCGAAAGUGGCAGUCUUUCUAAUACUACGGAAGUGUUUCACGAACUGCUGGCUUCAUUUCAUUCUGCCCACUCGUUGAUACUACAAGAAGGCGGAAUGUUGACGACGCUUUGUGUGGCUGUAGUUGCGCCAGCGGUUCAUUGUGACAGCUGGGUGUUAUGCGUCUGUAACGUUGGUGACUCUCUUUGCUUUGUCUACAAUCGAAAUUACGGCGUUCGAGAGGUUACAAUGGGCAGCCAUGAUAUCGACCAGAUGCGGGAUAUGCGAGAUGCAGGUGGGGCUUUGGGCCCAGUUGACGGAAGAAAUCCGCAGCUGCAUAAUCUCACUUGCAGCAUGACUUUUGUUGAAGAAGGUGAUGUUGUGUUCAUCACCUCUGAUGGGGUGUCGGACAAUUUCGAUCCUGUUGUGGGAAAGUUUUGUGUAAUCAAACGAACAGAGACUGAUAAUAAAGAGAACUCUCAAAUACCACCUAGAGAUAAUAGGAAGUUGUCAGUAUCCACAAAAGACUCUCCAUCGAGAGAGUUUGCUCGACCCAGACCGUGUGCAGCUUCAUUGCCUUGUGUAGAUGCUGCCAGCCGACACGAGCUUAUGCUAGUCAGAAUGAGAGAUAUCAUAGCGAACGGCUUAGACCCACCAAAGGAGGUAAUGCGUCUUUCACCACGCAGAGAACCGUUGUUUCCUCCUGUGACAGCUUCAAUUUUAUCUCAUCGCCUUAUUCAGUUCGCAACUCAUCUCAGCCAGGCGAAGCGACGUACUCUAGAAAACCCAGAACUGUAUAAAAAAGAGAAGAUGACGAAGUCUGAGCAGAGGGCGAGGAGACGUGCUGUUCGCGAAAAAAUCGCGGAUAUGCCGGGGAAGUUGGAUCAUGCUAGCGUGGUAGCAUACUCAGUUGGAAGACGCAGUAAUAAACGAGAGUUGAACUCUCCCGUUCUGAAUGGUGUCAAUGGCCUUGAUCAAGUGAAUGGCGUGUGCGAUGACUCUAAUCUCGAGGAAUACUUUGAAGCCUGUACUUUAAAUGUGAACAUGGAGAAUUUCACCAGGAUGGAUAAGGCAUCGUGUUUUGCGACGUUUGAAGUACGCAGUGGCGAUCGAACAAAAGCGAAUGCGAAGGUAUUUGUUGCUCGUCCUGCACAAAAUCUACCUGACUUGCGACAUGAAAAAUCUCGUCCUGGUUCCGGCUACCCACUACGGGAUAUUGUUGAGCCACGUUCGCCGGAACGUUCUGAAAGACCCAUUAGUCCGUAUGAACAGUUGCCUAUCAAAAUGCAAAGCUCACGUGACCCGAUAGAGACCAGUACCAGUAGUGAUAACGGGCGGCGCAAGAAACACUCUAGAGGCGCUGCGGCUAGACACACUCUCGGCGUGGACGUACAGUGGUUGAAAAGGUUCGUUGGUAGGAAAGAGGAGCAUGAAUCGACACCACCUCCAAUAACUCCAACGAAUGACGAAAGAAGCUCAUUAACGGCAAUAGCACCCGGCGAGCGAGUCACGCUACGUCAACGCCUUCGUGUGUUGUUGGGAUCGAAUCGAAAUCUUCAUGCGCACCAUAUGGAUCAACAAUUUGGUGGUGGCGACAAGCCAGCCAGACCUCAAUGUCUUGCGUUGCGGAACAAUUACAAAGCCUAG